AUGUAUAAAACUUGCCGACUCAAAGUGAUAACACGAGUAUAUCUCAAAAUUCAAAUAACAUUUGACUCCUACCAAACCAAUAAUACAGUCAUGUUUGGCCAACUGCAAGAAGAUACCAAAAUUAUUUUCACAUACUCUCUGAUGCAUGUAUUUGUUAUCUCAAGUGUUCGCGAAUGGUCACAAUCUAUCUAUUUCUGCAGACCCAACAAUAAUAUAAUUUAUUCUUAUACAGCCAUGAGUUACAAUGAUAAUGACCGCCCAAUAUCACCACUCCAAUCAGAUUGCUGUGGAGAUGGUUGCAACCCCUGCAUAUUCGACGUUCAUCGGGAACUUGUUGAAAAAUGGAAGCAAAGGCAGAGUUCUAACCAAAUGUGGUCUCCUCGAAGUAACAUAUUAUUGCUCACAAAGUACAAAACUUUUUUCAUUUCUGAGAUGAAACAAGCCUGUACUGAUUGUAUUUUUAUACGAUUGAAUUAUAAAGGUGGUUUGGAAAGUGAUACACAACUAUUUUUAAACCCUGGACAGCAUGUAAUAUUACGUACAUUGUUGUCAUCAAGGCCUUAUACACCUGUAUCAUGGAAAAUUGAUUCCAUACUUCUUUUAGUAAAAAUAUAUCCAGAUGGAAAAUUUAGCAAAUCGUUAGGAACAAUGAAUAUUGGGCAGCAUAUAGAUGUUAGAGGGCCAUAUGGAGAAUUUAUUUAUGAGCCUAACAGUUUUGGGCAAAUCCUCAUGCUUAGUAUUGGGACUGGUAUAGCAGCUCUUUAUCCAAUUGCAAGAUCGAUAAUUGAUGAUGAAUUUGAAGAAUCGAGAGUGCACUUGAUUGCUGGGUUCAAAUCACAUGCUCAUAUACCAUUGAUAGACGAAUUAUGCGAAUUGUCACAUUAUUGGAAUUUUUCUUGCACAAUUAGAUUGUCCAAUAAAGACUGCGAGAAACGAAUGAACGGUGUGAAGCUGGAAAGUGGACGUAUUGAAGAAGAAACCGUUGCAGGUUUCUUGACAUCACAAUCACCAGUAUCCACGCUGGUUCUAAUAUGUGGAACGCCCGAAUUUAAUAAUACCAUAACUGGAUGGUUAGCAAAUUUAGAAUUCACCAAUUUUCACGUAUUUCAAUAAUGUGAAAUGCUCUAGGGAUCUCGAAUUUUUUUUUAAUAGUUAAAUAUUUAUUCUUUUCUUAGAAAAUAUCUUCGGUACAAAAAAUUUCACUUGGCUUACUUACAAAAAUAAACUAUUUAUAUCUGUGAAUAUUGAUUUAUAAAUUUUGAUGCAAAUGACAA